GCGUGACGUCGCGCUGUAGGUUUCGCCAGUUUCCUCAACCAAACACUCGUCUGAUUUUGUGUGAUAAAAUUGCAAGAGUGCCGGUGGGCGAGGUGCUUUUAAAGAGAAAAAUAACCCGAACCGUGCAGUGUGCAAACCUUUAACAAACAGGAGCUGUUUUUGGAGUCCAACACGGCGACACUUGUGUCUGUAAAACCUAUAAAGACUGUUUUUAUUUUACUGUGGCUUUCGAGGCGGGGAAUACAAAGAGAAGAGCGAUCAAAACCUUUACAUUUGUGUUCACCGUGGCAAAACGGGACUACACUUAAGUACACUUGGUGAAGCUGUGGCUGUUUGUCAUAGUUCAUGGAUUAUCUGUGUUUCCGUGCGCUGUGCUGUAAAGGACCUCCGCCUCCGAGACCAGAGUAUGAUGUCGUGUGCAUCGGCCUGACAGGUGCCGGGAAGACCAGCCUGCUGUCCCGCCUCUGCAGCGAGGGCAGUGAUGGCAUCGUCCCCACUACAGGCUUCAGCAUUAAAGCUGUGCCAUUCCCAAACGCUAUUCUGAAUGUAAAAGAACUUGGAGGUGCUGACAACAUCAAAAAGUAUUGGAGUCGUUAUUACCAGGGGUCCCAGGGAGUAAUCUUUGUCCUGGACAGCGCUUCGUCCGACGAGGACCUAGAGGCCGCGCGAAAUGAGCUGCACUCUGCCCUGCAACACCCUCAGCUCUGUACUCUGCCUUUCCUUAUUCUGGCCAACCAUCAAGACAAACCUGCAGCCAGGACGCCCAGCCAGGUAAAGAAGUACUUUGAGCUGGAGCCAUUGGCCAGAGGAAAACGCUGGAUACUUGACGGCAGCUCGACUGACAACAUGGAGGGAGUGAAGGAGAGUUUUGGCCAGUUUAUUGGUUUGUUGGAGGACAAAGACACAGAACCUGUCAGGAUAUGAUGCUGCUAAUGCUAACUGAUGUUAGCAGCUCAGUGAAAGAACAACUGCUCCACUCGUACCGUCCGAUCAGCAGGCCCCAGCCUCCUUUUUUAACAUGUUCACAGUUCACUUUAGUGUUGUAUGUUUUAAGAUGAAGAGCACACAAAUCUAGAUAUUUCAUGAGAGAAAGAUGUUUUCCACAAGUCCAAAUAUGUUUAAUGCUAAAAAGGUAACACUAACCCACUCACAGUGGAGCCCAGGUCAGACGAUUCAAUAGUUUUGAGUAAUUUACUUGAUCGGAUGUGGGUGUAUUGUAAGACGUUGCAGUGUCAGAACCUUGUGUUAUGUACAGUAGUUACAUAUCGGUGUGUGUCACACCAUGUAUGAAUAUUUAAUCCGAAUUGUUUUGUGAGUCCAAGUAGUGAUGUGCCGAUGUGUACCUUCCACAAGUACAACUAAUCAUAACAAGUGUGAACUUAUGGACACAGAUGGAAGGACUGGCAACCAAAUUCAGACUGCUUUUAUAAAUAUGCAAAAUAUAUUUUCUAGCUCAGUGUGUUAAUCUUAUAGAGCUGUGCUAACAUCACAAUGAUUUUCUAUAUAAACGAUCAAAGACCAAAAAGUGAUGAACUUGAAAUGCGCCGACAUAUAACAUAGGCUUAAACAUUUCAUAUUUUUUUACAAUGUUGUUUUUUGUCCUUUUAAGUUUGACAUAAUCGUUGUGAUAAGUGACUAGCAGUAUCAAUCAGACAGAGCAACAGCUGUGUCUGACAAGUCCCUGUUCGAUGACCUAAUGCCUUCCAACUGUGUGAAGAGCCCUCCCUCCUGUGUGGUUUGUGUGGCAGACCCGGCCCUCUGCACACUGCCCUCCCUCCUGUGUGGUUUGUGUGGCAGACCCGGCCCUCUGCACACUGCCCUCCCUCCUGUGCGGUUUGUGUGGCAGACCCGGCCCUCUGCACACCGCCCUCCCUCCUGUGCGGUUUGUGUGGCAGACCCGGCCCUCUGCACACCGCCCUCCCUCCUGUGCGGUUUGUGUGGCAGACCCGGCCCUCUGCACACCGCCCUCCCUCCUGUGCGGUUUGUGUGGCAGACCCGGCCCUCUGCACACUGCCCUCCGGACUGUGCCUGCGACUGUGCCUCUGUACCACAAACUCUCAUCAGCUCAGUAUUUUCUUUAAUAUACUCACUCGUUCUUUUUUUGAAACGGGACAUCACAGUUCAUUCUGGAGGAAAUAUUAUCAAACAUUUACUUUCUUGUGUUAAAUAUACACUGCCGUUUUUUAUGUUUGUAUGUUUGCUUUUUCAAAACUGUUUAUGUAUGGUAGAAAUU